AUGGGUCCCAAACCACCGCCAACAGCACACAUCCACAUCCCCCCCGCACCGCCCUCUGCAGUGCCAUCUCACGCCAAACCGUCCGCUUGUGAUCUGCGCGAGGUUGCGCAAGCCAUUGCCUGCGGAAAGCGCGUAGUCGUAGUAUGCGGUGCGGGCGUGUCGGUCGCUGCUGGGAUCCCGGACUUCCGUUCCCCUGCUGGAUUGUUCAAGACUCUUCGGGAUGAGAACCCCUCCGACCUGCUAACGAGCGGGAAAGACGUUUUCGACACGCGGGUAUUUCAGUCACCCCAGUCCCUCUCCUUGUUCAACCGUACCAUGUCUGCUCUCGCUUCCGCCUCCGCACAUGCACAGCCUACCUCAUUUCAUUCCCUCCUACGCCAUUUAGAAGACCGAGGGAAGCUCUUAAGAGUCUACACGCAAAAUAUUGACGCUCUAGAGGAGAAGGCUGGACUAGAACUAGGCGUGCCGGUUUGGCCGAGGAAGAAGCCUAGCAAGCCAGCGAACAGAGGAGUGAAGCGGAAGGCGAGUGCUAUGGACUCUGCACCUGCUGCAGGGGCAGACGACACAGCCUCAGUGUCGAAUAACGACGAUACGCCCACUUCUACCCCGCGGCAUGCGCCUGUGCCCCUGCCGCAUCCUGCGCUGCACGGGCUCCUCACCCCGCCCAAGACCCCCAGCCGGCUCUCCCCCUCCACCCAAAGCUCCGACCCCGCCCACCCCACACCCUCAUUCCAUGCUCCCAGGUGCAUCCCGGUGCACGGAACCCUCCGUUCGCUAUACUGCGUCUCCUGCGGAUACAGCACUCCCCUCCGCCCGCACCUUUCUGUCCUCUCCACGGGUACUGCUCCCUCCUGCCCUAAAUGCGCGGAGAUCGACACGGCGAGGCAGGAGCAGAACAAGCGUUCUCGCGGGAUUGGCAGGCUUAGGCCAUCAGUGGUACUCUAUGGAGAGGAACAUAACGAGGGCGAAGUGGUGGGAGAAUGCGUGCGGCGCGACCUUGUCGGACUGGGAGAUGCAGGGCCGGGCGAGCGAGCAAAACAGAGCCGAAGACCGGACGUACUCGUCGUCGUUGGCACGAGCCUUCAAGUGCCGGGAACACGCAGGAUCGUAAAGGAGUUCUCGAAGGCUGUUAGGCCUGUACAGGAACAGGGGAAGCCAGAGGGAGGAGGGGUAGAAGUGACAGAAGCAGAUAUAUUCGGCGCGCCGGAUUCUCCCCUCACCCCGCUCUCAGAGUCGGACCCCUCUAGCCCAACGACUCCUACUCCCAAGCCUACUCUUACGCCUACGCCUUCCCCCACACCCCGCCGGCGCGCGGGCACGGGGAAAGCACAAGAACCGAUCAAGACCGUUUACGUGAACUUUGAUUACCCCACUCCAGCCCGUGAUUGGGAGGGCGUGUUCGACGUGUGGAUACAGGGGGAUGCGCAGGUGUUUGCUGCUGCUGUGCUGGAGGCUGUUGGUGCUGUUGAAAGAGAGGAGGCUGAGGGAGAAGCACUCAGAGUGAAGAGGGAGGGGCGGGGGAAUGUCUUGCUAGAAGAGGAGGGGCGCACAGCUGGGAGGAAGGAGAAAACUAAGGGAAGCAGCUCGAAAAUCUCGAGAAGACAGUCUGUGCCCUACGCUCGAACACCAACGAAGGCAAAAGCGAAGGCGAAGCCGCGCCCCUCCCCGCGCACACCGAAGGGAUCUGCGCACUUGCUCCCUGCCACACCGGAGUCCCUCACCCGUACACGCUAUCCUCAUACGCAAGUGCAGCAGCGGCCCAUGGUAACUAGCUCCCCUACUUCACCAUUGAGGCUCAAGAUCCGCUUUCCUCCUGGGUGGGAGAGCGCUCGGACGUCUAUGGCCCGACGGGUGGAAGUGCAGUUCUCUGAGGAUGAUACCUACGAUUCGGAGGAAGAAGAGGAGGAAGAAGAGGAACUGAGGAGAGCACCAUCACAGAGUGAGUAUCUGAGGAAAGUGGGAUUGGGACUGAGGAAACGGACGGAGAUGUCGGUGAACUAUCGGGGUAUGACAAGGUGAUUGAUACGCAUAUAUACUACUUGCAUUCUAUUUAUU